AUGUCCAAGGUGGGAGUUGUGCAGUUACAGAGGCGUCUGGAUGGCUUACUGGCCUUCCUUAAUCCGCACUGGGAUUUUGUCAAUUGCCACAUGGUAAACUACUUGACGGACCACCACUGGGAGGGCUUUCUAUCCGAAACGCUGAAAAGUGAGAUCGCCGGAAAGGAAGAUGUCGCUCUGGCCAUAGAAGACCUAUUUUGGAAAACUGAUGAAUCAGUAAGGUUUCCGGCAUGGCGCGAAUUCCUCAGCAAAAGCAAACAAGAACGCCUGGCUCUUCAUCCGGAACUGCUGACUAGCGUGGAGGAACUUAUCGAGGGUCAGGAAAACUCCACGCAGCUAAGCAUUCGGGAGUUUAUGAGCGCCAAAAAGUGCCAUGAGGUGGAACUAGCAGCCGCUCUCGUGGACCAGCUUGUCAAGAACUCUGGUCAAGAAUGCUUCAUUGUAGACGCGGGCGAUGGCAAAGGGUAUCUAUCCUCGCGCUUGGCGCUCCAGUAUGGUCACCGCGUGCUCGGCAUCGACGCGAACGCGGCAAACACCGAGAACGCAUUGAAUAGGAAUCGCAAACUGCAGCGCGCUUGGAAUGGACUCACGGAACGAGCGGAGCUGCAAGUCCAGGGAAUCACGCCCAAGAGACGUGGUAAAAAGUCGCCAGCCAGAGAGAGUACCAAGACUGCGCCCGCCUUGGAAAACUACAAGACAACGGCUAAGUUUAUAACCACCGAACUUAACUUUGGCGCCCUGCUAGCGGGGCAUUUCACUCAGCUUGGACCGGAAGACAGUCCAAACAUUUGCCUUACUGGAUUGCAUACCUGUGGCAACCUGGCCGCCACCUGUCUUCAGGUUUUCCACGCCCAAUCGGACUGCCACUUGCUUUGUAAUGUUGGCUGCUGCUAUCAUUUGCUGCGGGAGCGCUACUCGCAGCAGGAGUUUUUUGGCAAUAAGGCCCUGAUGGAGCUGCAAACAGACUAUGGAUUCCCAUUGAGUCAGUACCUGCGGGAGCGACAAGUGCGCAUGGGUCGCAAUGCCCGGAUGCUGGCGGCCCAGUCAAUUGAACGCACCGUGGACGCCAAGGAGCUGCCAAAUGUAACGCUCUACUACCGCGCUCUCUUGGAGAUCCUAGUUCACCGCCAUGCGCCACAGCUGAAGAACGAACUCCAGGUGGGCAAGGUACGGAAAUUCGAGAGUUUCGAGGAGUACAUUCAAAAGUGUGCCACCAAAUUGGAUGCUCCUUGGUUGACAGCUGUCAAGAAAGAAGAACUUCAAUCCCUGCUCCAGGAAUAUGCUCUGGAUAAACACUUUUUGGAUCUGUUCUAUCUACUGCGCAUGUCCUUUGCUCCGGUGCUGGAGAGUCUUAUUCUCCUGGAUCGCCUGCUCUACCUCAAGGAACUUGGCUAUGAACGCAGCUAUCUGAUAGAUUUAUUUGAUCCCGUCAUUUCGCCCAGGCAUUUUGCAAUUGUUUCUAUAAAGCCGCAAACACAACAAUAAUGGCAUUUACAAAUGCAUCAAAAGUUUGACGGAAAAGCCGGUUGUGUUUAAUUAUUUUUAGAUUAUUAGCAUGCAAUACUUUUCAUAUCGUAAACGUAUUGCGUUAACGCUUUUAAAAAUCUAACUAGACCAUAGCACACAAAAGGUAAAUAAGAUUGUUGAAACUAAGAAUUUUUUUUUUUUUUUUUUUUUUUUUUUAAUUUUUAUUAUUUAUUGAAUCUUCCCUUUGUGUUAAGAGACUAACAAUAAGUGUUCAAAUCUUAAUCUAACUUAAUUAACUUUCACUUAGUGAUAGUUUUUUUUUUUCAUUAAUGCCCUAAUAAGUUUAUUGCUGGGCUGGGAGGUCGUUGCGGUGCAGCCGGCUUUGACUGCAUACUCGGAUUAGUUUUCUUGCGAGGGGAUUUGUAUGGGUGGUCAGCUUUUCGUUAUACUUCGUUUUUUUCUCAGCUAUUACUUCGAUUACUAAUUUGAUUUUUAGGUCUCUGUGUAUGUUUUCGUUUCGAAGGUACCACGGCGCUCCAGUGAUAAUUCUCAGAAUUCUUGACUGUGCUCGCUGAAUAAUGUCUAUGUUACUUCUGGAUGCGUUGCCCCACAGCUCGGAGCCAUAAGUCCAGAUAGGUUUUAAGACGGAGUUGUAUAGAAGAGCUUUGAACUCCAGACUAAGUGGAGAGCGAGCAUUUAUGAGCCAGUGGAGGUUCCUUGCUUUAAGUUUAAGAUGUUUCGAUUUGGCUUCUAUAUGUUUGCGCCAAGUGAGCCGCCUGUCCAGAUGAACUCCCAGAUAUGUUACCUCGUCGGCUUGUGGAAUGCAUAUGUUAUUCAAGACCAGUGGUGGGCAUGUUUGUUUGUUUAAGGUAAAGGUAACCUGCUUGCAUUUUUGAACAUUUAUUGAAAUUCUCCAGUCGGCAAGCCAUCGUUCUACAGAUGUUAAGUGUCGGGAUAGGAGUGCCGUGGCUUUUAUUGGGCAUUUCGAGCGACUGAGUAUCGCGGUAUCAUCGGCGAACGUGGAGGUUAUUAGAUUGUAGUCUAUGGGGAAAUCCGCCGUAUACAGGGUGUAUAAGAUUGGACCCAGUACACUGCCUUGCGGCACUCCAGCUUCGAUUGCGCAAUCGCGUGAAGUGCUUGUAUCGCAUCUUAUUGCAAACACUCUGUUAUAUAGGUAUGACUUCAGUAGCUUAUGUGUGUUUUGGGGCAACAGCUUGAUUAUUUUAAACAAAAGUCCAUCGAGCCACACUCUGUCAAAUGCCUGCGCGACGUCUAGAAAAAUGGCUGUGCAGUAUUCUCGAUGUUCAAAAGCAGUACGAAUUUCUGACGUGAUUCGGUUGACCUGUUCGAUGGUUCCAUGUUUUUCUCUAAAGCCAAAUUGAUGUGUUGGAAGUGUGUUGUUUAUUCUAAGAUGAGGGCUAAUCCGAAGGAGUAGCAUUUUUUCAAACAGCUUUGAAAGACAUGUUAGUAAGCUUAUCGGUCUAUAUGAUGAUGGCUGCGUUUUAUCUUUUCCUGGCUUUGGAAUCAUUACUAUGGUCGACUUUUUCCAUUUUUGAGGGAAGUAUCCAAGCUUGGCGAUUGCGUUGAACAACAGGCAGAUGUGAAGAAUAGCACACUUUGGGAGUUCAAUGAGCAUUCUUGGAGUUAUUAGGUCGUAGCCAGGCGAUUUUCUUGGGUUCAGUUGCUCUUUGAUAACCUUUGCUAGUUCACAUGGUCGGAAUUCAAAGGGUUCUUGAGGAUCUAGAUUGGCUGCUAUUAAAGGAGGGAGAAUAAAUGUGUUGGUAGAGGGAUUUGGUCGGAAUACAUUUUGUAAAUGGUCAGCGAAAGCACUGGCUCUUUCUUCAUCACUUCGAAACCAGGUGCCAGAGGGACUUCGGAGUGGCAUAAUUGGCGCUAUUGGAGUCUUUAGGUUUCUGUGAGCUCUCCAAAGAGGGUACUUAGUGCUGGUGGGAGAGAGUUGCUCGAUAUAUGAACGUUGGCUGUUUUUUUCCUCUUGUUUGAGAGCAUUGGUAAGCCUGCGUGUGGCUAUCUUAAGCAUGUGCUUAGUAAUUGGUGAUCUAUUAGACUGCCAAUCCCUUCGUAGGCGUCGUUUAUCUAAUACCAGCCGCUCGAUUUCGCGAUUAGUUUUGAUGUAGUUUGGUUUUGCAUACGUCACUGGCGGGGUUGAAGCCUUUGCAGCCGAAACUAAAAUGUUUUCAAGAGUUUCCGUUGACUUGUCUAUAUCCUCCUUUGUAGAUAAUGCCGUCGUUAGUUCUAUGUGUGAACAGACAUACUUUUGAUACCUUGGCCAGUUUGUUCUAAAAUUUGUGAGUCUAUACGGUGGGUCGACGAUGUGGGGGCGAGUUAGCAUAUUUAGAAAAACGGGUGAGUGAUCUGAUGAUAAAUCUGCUAGUGCUUCGGCGGUGACCAUGUUGCGGGGGACAUGUUUAGUAAUUGCAAAAUCGAUCAGGUCUGGGAUUUUUCUUGGGUCUGCUGGCCAGUAUGUAGGCUUACCCGGGGAUACAUAGUCUAGCUUGUUUUCUGGCUUCGUAAGCGCAUUGUACAAUUGCUUACCCUUUGGCGACACAAGUCGAGAUCCCCAAUGGGUGUGCUUGGCGUUAUAGUCACCCGCUGCGAUGAACCUGUCACCUAGUGUGUUAAAGAAUUCCAUGAAUUGAUCCUCAGAGAUUGGAAAGCGCGGUGGGCAGUAGACUGCGGCUAGAGUCGUUGAACCAUUGUUGAGUUGUAAGGCUAUGGACGUAGAUUGUAAGUAGUUUUUGUCAAAAUUGUUUAAGUGGUGGUGUUUUAUGCGAUUUCUGAUGAGUAUUCCAGUGCCUCCAUGAGCUUUACCAUCUGGAUGAUUUGUACCAUAGAACAAGUAUCCUGGUAUAUGAAAAUUGUUUUUAUUUGUGAGGUGCGUUUCUGAUAGUAGCAUUACGUCGAUGUUUUUUUCGUAAAUGAACUGUGUGAGCUCUUGUGUAUGCCGUGAAACGCCAUUUGCGUUCCACAGAGAUAUCCGUAGGGAAGCCAUUAUGGGGAUUUUGAAGAUACAAGAAGUUGAAUCAGGAUAUUUUGGUUUUUCAUGAGCUCUUGCAAAGUAUUUUGCAUGAACGUCAUGAAGUCUUUCAUGCUUUGCUGUAGGGAUAGCAUCAUAGCUUCGAUGCCACUUUGUUGUGUUUGUUGGAUGUUUGUCGGUGUAUGUUCGGAAUGAGCAGUUCUUGUCGGUGGGGCGGGCACUUCUAGUCCGGAUUUUAGGGCGCUAGCGAAAGAAAUUGUUGGAGUAGUGCUUGGGACAGUUAGGGGUGGUUGAAAAAUCGGUUGCGGAGAGUAGAAAUUGACUUUGUUGUAUGUAUGUGCUGUGGCAAUACGUUUGUUUAGGCGGCUCUUCAAUUCUUUGUACACCACACAGCCUCUGUAGUUUGCAGUAUGUUUUUCCCCGCAGUUACUGCAUUUCUUCACAGACUUAUCGUCCUUGUUUUUGGGGCAGUUUGCGGUAGUAUGAGGUUCGCUACAGACAACACAUACGGACUUAAGGGUGCAGUAUGCCUUGGUGUGGCCGUAUUCUUGGCAAUUAGUACAUUGAACUGGAUUGAUACGUUUGUGCGGCUCCUCCACGGUGAUCCUCCGAUGUAGCAAGUACUGUAAAUUGUAUAUUGGGUGCACUUCGUUUUUCUUUAGUGCCUGGAGCUCUGGUUCGAGUUCUAUUUUGAAUAGUGGCUGCGGAACUUUGUCUUUGUUUAAAAUAUUAAUAGCUGUCUUUGCAGAAAAGUUUUUGGCCUUCAGAGCCUCAAUUAUCUCAGCUGGUGUCACUGUUGCUUCAAUGCCCUUAAGUACUACCUGUAGCCCUUUGCAACUUUUUAAUUGGUAUGUGUAGUAGUUUUUACCAGCAUCAUUUAGGUAUUUAGUCACUAUACGGUGGUCUGCUUCUGUUUGGAUCUGUAGUUUUAUUUCAUGAAUAUUUCCUUUUUUAAGUGGGAUAAUGUGGAACUUGCUGUCACCAAUCAAAGCAACGAGUUUAUUUACAAGUGCAUUUGUACUUUGUUCUCGUAUGAAAAUUGGUGGAGGCCUGGUCUUUUUUGGUUCCCCUACCGUUUUUUCGUUGGGUUGUUCGGUCGCAGAAUCAGCCAAGAUAGCAUAUCGGUUUGAAUUAUUUACUGCAGAGUUUUCAUUGCCGUUGUUGGUUCGAUUGAUUUUGGGUUGAUUACCUGCCUUAUUGUUUUGAGGGCUGAGCUUUCUCUUGAUUUGGAUGUAGCGAUCCAUGCCAGUCUGCACAGUCGAAAUCGACUUCUGCUUUUGUUUUGAUUCUUCUUUACGUGCAUUAUUGUUGUUGCAAACGGUCAGUGCUGCUGAAUUAUUUACAGCUGGCACAGCGAUAAUUAGUUGGGCCGCUGACGAAGUUGAUGUUGUGGCAGUUGCCAGUGAGGUCACUGCACUCGUUAUUGCAGUGUUACAGUUACCCGGGACGGUCGUUUGGCGCUGCGAGAGGAGCGGGGUAGGAGAGGCGGUCUCUUCGCUCCACGACUUGUGAGCCGAAGCAGGCAGAGAGGGAGAGCAAGAACGCGGUCUGUCGUUCGCUGAGGGCAAAAGUUUCGAGUUAGUUGAAGGUGAGGGUGCUCGAUCACCGAUUUGCGGUGAGACGAAAGAAAAGUAUGCAUUGUUGCGUUGUAAAGAGAGCCGGCGCUCGUCUUGUUCACAUUGUCGCUGAGAACGUAUGUCGUUUUGAUUCAUUGUUCUAAGUCCACAUAUAACAAUUACCAGAACAAUAUGGAAUAAUUAUUUAUUUUAGUAAAUAAUUACUAUAGUCAAUAAUUGUUAGUUGUGCAAACUGCACUUUACACUUUGUGUUUAACUUUCACUAUACUGUUGUAGUUUUUAGAACUUGCUAUUCGUAGCUUGAAAGAAACACGUCGUUUCGAUAAGUGACUCAAGUGGAAAAAAAAAGUGUCUACACUUGACACAGUGUUUGCACUUUGCGCUGAUUUAAUCUCUCGCCCGCCUUUGGCUGUGGACUUGAGAAACUAAGAAUCAUUAUAAUAAAUGUAAUCAUGACUUGUAAUUAUUUUAGAAUCCCUCUGGAUUUGCUUUGGUUUGUUUGUCGUAUUUUAAAGCUUUUUCCACCACACAGGUGAAUUUAUAAGUAUGCACUUGAAAUUGCUAUCUCAGAACUUUUGAGACUUUCGAGUAUAAAAACGCAAACAACAUUUCAAAUCGCCGCAAGUGCGGUGCGUAGAGCUUUAAUUGUCGGUUGUGUACGCGGGAGCUCAGAAUUAUUAUUAUUAUACUAAAAGUUUCCUUGAAAUCGCUUGAAAAACUUGUUGCGAAUUAGGCCAGUUGCAAAUAAGUUGUGUGACUAAAAAACCUGU